UUGGUUCCCACAACUGCGGUUUGGUUCACAACCCACCCUGCGCACAGACAGAGAGAGGGAGAGAGAGCGAGAGAAAAGGAGAGGAAGAGCGCUCCUCCUCCUCGUCUCUUCCCACCACUCAUCCCGAAAAGCCAAGAUGGUGACAGAGCUGAAGUCAAGCUGGUUGUGAAGGUGCUGGACCUGUUCCCCCCUACUCCCCGAGCCGGACACAGCAUGGCGGCGGGCGUAGCGGCAUGGCUUCCCUUUGCCCGGGCGGCGGCGAUCGGCUGGAUGCCCGUGGCCAAUUUGCCCAUGCCGGUGGCCCCCACUGAAAAGAACAAGAGGCAGGAUGAGCUCAUCAUUCUUAAUGUCAGUGGACGGCGCUUCCAGACCUGGAGGAACACGCUGGACCGCUAUCCGGACACGCUGCUCGGUAGCUCCGAGAAGGAGUUCUUCUACAACGAGGAGACCAAAGAGUACUUCUUUGACCGGGACCCUGAAAUGUUCCGCAGCGUACUCAACUUUUACCGCACGGGCAAGCUCCACUACCCACGCUACGAGUGCAUCUCCUCCUAUGACGAGGAGCUGUCUUUCUUUGGCAUCAUCCCAGAGAUCAUUGGAGACUGCUGUUACGAAGAGUACAAGGACAGGAAGCGGGAGAACGCGGAGCGCCUGAUGGACGACCAGGAAGACAACAAAGAUGCCAAGCUGCCCAACAUGACCUUCAGGGAGACCAUGUGGCGGGCCUUUGAGAACCCCCACACCUCCACCAUGGCCCUGGUCUUCUACUACGUCACCGGGUUCUUCAUAGCCAUCUCUGUCAUCACCAACGUAGUGGAGACGGUGCCGUGCGGCUCAGCGCCCAACCAAAAGGAGGUGCCGUGCGGCGAGCGCUACACCGUGGCCUUUUUCUGCAUGGACACGGCCUGCGUUAUGAUCUUCACCGUGGAGUACCUGAUGCGCUUGUUCGCCGCGCCGAACCGCUACCGCUUCAUGAGAUCCGUCAUGAGCAUCAUCGACGUCGUGGCCAUCUUGCCCUACUACAUCGGACUUGUGAUGACCGACAACGAGGACGUGAGCGGCGCGUUUGUGACACUCCGUGUUUUCCGGGUGUUCCGCAUCUUCAAGUUCUCCCGUCACUCGCAGGGCCUGCGCAUCCUGGGCUACACGCUCAAGAGCUGCGCCUCAGAGCUGGGCUUCCUGCUCUUCUCCCUCACAAUGGCCAUAAUUAUCUUUGCAACCGUCAUGUUCUACGCAGAGAAAGGUUCAAGCUCCAGCAAAUUCACAAGCAUCCCAGCUUCCUUCUGGUACACCAUCGUUACUAUGACAACACUCGGGUAA